ACAUUUCGAUAGCCCCAGUAGCUCUCUCUCUCUCUCUCUCUCCUCACAGUUUUUGGUGAGUGAUUCAAACUCCAAAUGAGCUCUUGAUCCAUAAACCCCUCAUUUCCGAUCAAAUUUACCAAACCUGCCACCAUGUUCUCCUCCCGCAAGCUCCUCUCCACCCUCCUCCGCUCCUCUCUCCGCCGCACCUCCUCCGCCGCCGCUAGGCCCCCACUCUCCAGAUCCUCCCCCAUCACGCGCUCCCCCGGCUACCUCCUCUCAUGCGCCGCUCACUACUCCACCUCAUCCGCCGCCGCCGUCUCCGCGCCUCCCAAAUCCGGCACGCCGUCGACGACCGGCAAGAUCACCGAUGAGUUUACCGGCAAAGGCGCCAUCGGCCAGGUCUGCCAGGUCAUCGGCGCCGUCGUCGAUGUCCGGUUCCAGGACGGCUUGCCGCCGAUCCUGACGGCGCUCGAGGUUUUGGAUAACUCGAUCCGGUUGGUGCUCGAGGUGGCUCAGCAUCUCGGUGAGAAUAUGGUUAGGACUAUCGCCAUGGAUGGGACUGAAGGGCUCGUUAGAGGUCAACGAGUCCUCAACACUGGCUCUCCCAUCACUGUGCCUGUUGGAAGAGCAACCCUGGGCCGAAUUAUGAAUGUUAUUGGCGAGCCCAUUGAUCAUAGGGGUGAAAUAAAUACCGAUCACUCUCUGCCCAUCCAUAGAGAAGCACCGGCCUUUGUUGAGCAGGCCACUGAGCAACAGAUUCUUGUCACUGGAAUCAAGGUUGUUGAUCUUCUUGCUCCUUACCAAAGAGGAGGAAAGAUUGGGCUCUUUGGUGGUGCUGGUGUUGGGAAGACCGUGCUUAUUAUGGAACUUAUCAACAAUGUUGCCAAAGCUCAUGGUGGUUUCUCUGUGUUUGCUGGUGUGGGAGAACGUACAAGAGAGGGUAAUGAUUUAUACCGAGAAAUGAUUGAAAGUGGUGUCAUUAAGCUCGGAGAAAAGCAGAGUGAUAGCAAGUGUGCUCUUGUAUAUGGUCAAAUGAAUGAACCUCCUGGUGCCCGUGCUCGUGUUGGGCUCACUGGGCUGACUGUGGCUGAGCAUUUCCGUGACGCUGAAGGGCAAGAUGUGCUACUCUUCAUCGAUAACAUAUUCCGCUUUACCCAAGCUAACUCAGAAGUGUCUGCUUUGCUCGGUCGUAUCCCAUCUGCUGUCGGUUACCAACCUACGUUGGCUACUGAUCUUGGAGGACUUCAAGAGCGUAUCACUACAACCAAGAAGGGUUCCAUUACGUCUGUUCAAGCUAUUUAUGUACCUGCUGAUGACUUGACAGAUCCAGCUCCUGCAACCACUUUUGCCCAUCUUGAUGCCACCACUGUGCUGUCACGACAAAUAUCUGAGCUUGGAAUCUAUCCUGCUGUCGACCCCUUGGAUUCUACAUCUCGCAUGCUCUCACCUCAUAUUUUAGGAGAAGAACAUUACAACACUGCUCGUGGUGUUCAGAAAGUUCUUCAAAACUAUAAGAAUCUGCAGGAUAUUAUUGCAAUUUUGGGUAUGGAUGAGCUUAGUGAAGAUGACAAAUUAACUGUUGCUCGUGCUCGUAAGAUCCAACGUUUCUUGAGUCAACCUUUCCAUGUGGCUGAAGUGUUCACGGGAGCUCCUGGAAAAUAUGUGGAGUUGAAAGAGAGCAUUACCAGUUUCCAGGGAGUUCUGGAUGGGAAGUAUGAUGAUCUUUCUGAGCAAUCGUUCUAUAUGGUUGGUGGAAUUGAAGAAGUCAUUGCCAAGGCAGAGAAGAUAGCCAAGGAAAAUGCUUAGGUCAUGUGGCUAUUAUCUGUCAUCCUGAGUUUCCAAAGAGCUAAUAAUGUCGGCAUUGGUAAUUCUCAGGAAUUUCAUUUGUUUUGAGGAGAGAACUGGCUUUUUCAGUUAAAGCAUUAAUUUUGUUAGGGUUGUAUUAGGUAAAGAGAUGAGGAGUGGGCAUUUUCUGUUAGGCCCCUUCCCUUGUGCAAUAAGGUAUGCACUUGUGUGUAUUUACUUGCAAAUUAUAAUCAGUUCAGUUCACAAGGAAAUGCGCCUCUUGUCUUGUU